AUGGCGCGAGUUCUUGUAGCUGUAAUUGCGCUUGCAAGUUUCUGUCACGCUGUCAUCCGUGAAGAAGACUUCGCGGCGGAAGACAUUAUCGUCAGAGAUAUUGCGAUUCUUGGAGCUGGUGCCUCGGGUACAUACGCCGCCAUACGAUUGCGUGAAGAUUACAACCUCAGCAUCGCUGUCAUCGAAAAGGACGAUCACAUAGGCGGUCACACCAACACUUACACCGAUCCCGAAACGCAGAAGCCCGUAGACUAUGGAGUAUUGGCUUUUUGGGACUAUGGGCCUGCGAAGAGCUACUUCGCGCGUCUGGACGUCGAAACGAUGGCAGCCCCACCGGAAGGCGGCACAACAGUCUACGUGGACUCAGAAACGGCAAGGAACGUGACCGACUAUCAAGUUCCUGCCUUUUCAGACGUCCUGAAAUCCAUCGCCAUCUAUGGAAAUGAGUCUGGAAAGUACGACGACAUUCUACUGCCUGGCUACUGGAACUUUCCUUCAGGAGACGACAUCCCGGCAGACUUACUACUGUCCUACGGCGAGUUCUCUCAGAAGUACGGCAUAGACAACUUCUAUCCAAUGCUGCAAAUUAUCGCUGGAGUCGGCGUUGGUGGAGUUCGUGAUAUUCCAUUACUUUACGUUAUGGGCUUUGGCCUAGACCAUCCGGCAAUACAGAGUCUGCUGCAAAACGGCCUUUUUGUGCCAAAGUCAGGCUCGAAUGCCGAGAUCUAUCAGAAGGCGUACGCACGAAUCAAGGACGAUAUCCUUCUAAGCAGUAGCGUCGUCUCCGCCGAACGCGACGAGCACGACGGAGUCCACCUCGUCGUACAAACCAGCGACAACUGCAAAAGGCUCAUCAAGGCGAAACAGCUCCUCGUCACUCCUGCGCCUAGCAUCCAGAACCUUGAGUCUCUGGAUCUUGAUGACCAAGAAUCCGCCGUCUUCGUUUCCAGUACUCCACGACCAAUCCACGUAGGCCUCGCAAAAACGUCUGCCAUUCCGCGAAAUUACUCAGUACAAUAUGUCUCCUCCAAGGUUGCACCGGAUAACUACCUCGACAUGUACCAGGACAUUAAGCAUGAUCUCAAAAUUCAGUCCACCGGUCCCGAAGAAUUACAGCUUUUUCGUGUCCUAUUGGAGACGACAUCAGAUCUUCCCCUCACGGAAGAUGAAGCGAAAGCAUAUGUCACGUCUCAAGUGCAGAAACUUGCAGCCGCUGGGACACUGAACAGUGUAAAGCCACCAGAUGCAGCGGCUGGCAGCGGCGACGCUCAAACUGCAAACGGGGGCGCAGUCACGGUCGAGUUCAAAGCCUUCAAAUCCCAUAGCAGUGUUAUGUGGCGGCUUCCCGCAGACGAGAUCAAAGCUGGCUUUAUACAAAAUCUCUAUGCAUUACAGGGACAUCGUUCGACGUGGUAUACGGGUAGCUUGUGGUGUACGGAUUUUUCGAGCAAUGUGUGGGCUUUUACGGAUACGGUACUGGAGAGAAUGGUGGGAGCGAGGAAGAAGGACGGAUAA